AUCCCACCUCAGAGAGCAGCGAAGUCAUUCCGGGAAAAGGCGCACUGACAUUUUGUCGCCGCGUUACAGGACAGCGGAUACAUUGUCACAUUUAGAAGACAUCCAACACCGGGAAGGUGUACGUGAUUCGAUAACCGAACACUGGAGGAAUAUUUUCCAAAAUUAAACCCAAGGACAAAGUGUUCUGAAUCUGUGUUGACUGGUGCUUGGGCGGGGAAACCCGAGGAGAGCGGCAUCAUGGCAACCGAGAGAAACAGCAAAGCCCUGAAGGUGAAGCAGGAAUGCGGCGAGAACGUGCCCUUCCUGUCAGACAGCGAGCUAAUGUCGCUCACCGUGCGGGAGCUCAACCUCCACCUGCGCGGCAUGUCCCGCGAGGAGAUCCAGAAGCUGAAGCAGCGCCGGCGCACCCUGAAAAACCGAGGCUAUGCGGCCAGCUGCCGGGUCAAGCGGGUGUCCCAGCGCGAGGCCCUGGAGCAGCAGAAGAUGGAGCUCCAGCGCGAGGUGGACCGGCUUGGGGCGGAGAACGCCGGCAUGAGGAAGGAGCUGGAGGGGCUCGGCGCUCGCCUGGCAGCGCUGCAAAGGUUCGCCAGAGGCCUGGAGGCCGGGGGAGGCAACCUGCUGGCCACGGCACCGCGCCUCAACACUGCCUCUGUCAUCACUAUUGUGAAGAGUCCGCCACAACCUCAACCACACAGGGAACAGGACCCUUCCUAGGUUCUGUAAACAGACUGGGGGGGGGGGGGGCGGGGGGGUUUUCAGUAGAAACACAUACUUCACACACAAUGGAAAAUACAGAACAUCAGUGCUACGCCUCGUUCGCCCACACACAGGAGUCAUUCAUUCCUGCAUUUGUGACUUCACUUUGGACCAGCCCAACCUUUUCUCCGACUCCUCAGUCGUGCUGGUGUAAUGGCCUCAUAGUCACUUGUUUAGUUGACGUCUAGAAUGAAGUCAUGUUAGCGAGGCACUGAUGUACAGUCCUGUGAAAAAGUAUUACUAGCGUCCAUGUUCAACGACCUCUUUCACGGCAAAGAUGACACAAAAACGACAUCAAUACCAAACCCAUCUGUUUGAAUGUACCCCUUCAGAGUAAUUAUGAGCCCUUAUGAAUGGUGGAGGUCUGCACUCUGAUGUCUGUGGUCGUGAAAGCAACAAAUCUAAUGGUUAUUUGCAGUCUAGUUGUACGUUUCUUACGUGACCAUCGUAGCUAAUACGCCUGUGUCACCAGGGCUUUUUUUGUGCGGCCAAAAGGGCGGAGCUUCGUCCACUUCUGCUUUUGGCUACGCGACCAAAACACCAAAAUUCUGAGGUAAUACCCCAGCAAGCACGAGACAUUAAAACAAUGUUGAGAACUUACUGAAUUAGGUCCUGACGUUGAGCAACUUAAACCUAACGUGGAAACAACGUGGUUUUUGACAACGUUUAUUCAAUGUCAGUGUCUGAUGUUGACUUGACUGUUGAAAUUUGGUCAUUUCACAAAUACAACCUUGAACUAACGUGUUUUUUGAUGACGUUUAAUCAAUGUCAGGUUCUGACGUUGAUUUGACCGUUGAAAUUUGGUAAUUUCAAUAUUCUACAGCACAAAUACAACCUUGAACAAACAUGCUUUUUGAUUAUGUUUAAUCAAUGUCAGGGUCUGACAUUGAUUUGACCAUUAAAAUGUGGUCAUUUCCCAGCCAACAACGUGGAUCCAACGUGAGAUGCCAACGUUUUAUAAAUAAACCUAUUUUGCAACGUUGUUUUACUGGACGUGUAUGUUUAAUCAACGUUAUAUCAAUGUCUUGUGCUUGCUGGGACAACGUCUGCAUUCCGUGUUGCUUUUAAAUAUCGGUUCAAUCCUACACUUUCUCCACCUCAGUGGCACAACAGGGUUGCGGGAGGCUGGCGUAUCCCACGAACGAUUACAGGAUUUGUUUUAUUCCAAGCCAAGCAUGCUGGAAACUUGGGGAAAUACGACUUUUAGAGUAAAAAAAAAAGCUAUUAGGGCGGAAGGCCCGCUGGAGAAUGGCUGAUGUUGAGGGUUUGUACCGCCGGUGGCACACCGACACAGUGCCUUCAGUACUUGUGAGAGGUAUGAAACCACACCUGCCGUCACACGUUGGUCUAAAACAGUUCCUCGCGUACAGUUCCACUCGCAGCGCAGCUUCCUCAUAUCUGCUCGACUCCCAACACGCGUUGGUCAUCACCUUUUCUUUGUCGUUAAAACUGCGGCCGAUCCCCCGCACACAUUCCUAUUUACGUGUUCUUAUUUGUAAUGUCUGUAUGUGCCGUCGAGACGCAAAUGUUGAGUGACAUUUAUCAGAGAUAUAUUCUAUAUUUUAUUUGUAUUUAAAGGUUUUGACAAGCUAACGAGUGCUGUGAUGUUCUCUAUGUUUUCAGUACUUCCAUAGUCCGGGGGGAAAAGGGGCGGGGUUAUCCAUGUGUCUAAUUCUCGUAAUGUGUGACAACGAUUCCUACUUCACAAGAUGUUUCAUUAUUAGCUCUAUAGAAAUAUGCUCAAAGCCGACGGCCGUAUUGCUGUGAUGAUUUGUGCACGUGUGUUUUUUGCCAUGUUUGUACUGGCUUGCAACAGUGGAUUCUUGGAGGGAUGCUAUUUUUCUAUGAUUGAUUUCUGUUUUUGUUUGUCGUGUGAAAAUGGGGAAGGCCGAACAGAAGCUCAGGCGAAAGGGCGCAGGGGACGAUAUGCGGAUUGCGGAGGUGGAUGAUGGGUAAAGAAAGUGGUAAAGAAAGCGAAAGAAAGUGUGAAGAGAGUUAGUUGCGUGUUCACUUGAAAAACCUGCAAUGAGUCGGCCACUGAGUCAUACUUUAGACAUUGUAACACAAUUAGACUCGUGUUGAAAAUAAAUCAAAUAUAUGAGGCUCAUAUUUAGCUGUAUGAAUAUGUGUGGUUUAAAAAAUGCAUUUAUUAUCUAUAUUUCCAAUGUCUCACCUUUUGUCAAUUUGUGCUGGAUGUUUUGUGAUAAUUGCAAAACAAAAAUGGUCUUUGUAUUUAUUGUACUUUUUCUAUUGUGAAAAUUGAAGUACAUCAUCUAUUUUAUAUAUUAAUUAUAAUAAAUGUUGUACAUAUUGUACAUAAAAACCUUGUGCUUUUGUGGUUAAAGUGCGCAGAGCAAACUAAGGAAGCAUUUUUAAUUGCCCUGUGAUGUCGUCCGAGUAUACAAAUAUAGACUUUUAGUCCACGUCAGAUUUAUUGUACUGAAGGGAAAUUU